ACAACAGAAAACGCAAAAGCCUAUGACAAAUAGGCACGAAAUUAAAAUUAAUUUAUCUAAAGAUAUAAGACAAUCGUUUUUUAAACUUUAAUUUAUAAUAUUAGUACGAACUUUAAAAAUGUAAAUUAAUGGAAACCAUAUCCAAGAGAACAAAAUAUUUUUAUUUUCUAAAUCUUGAAACACUGACUUGACUUGUUUUUUCAUUUUUGAACGUCAACUCAAAUAGAGAUUAUUUUACAAUAAUAUUAACACAUCAUUAUACAUGUGCGACACUAUCGACUAUUUAGUCACCGAAAAUAAAUGUUUAAAAUUUAAAUAAAUAUUUUUAUCGUAAUAAUUCAUGUAUUCGUACACAUUACAUUUACUUAUUGUAUAGUUUAAAUAUUUUGUUCUGUUAUAAUAUUAUAUUAUAUAGUUAUUGUUUCGUGUUGUAGUUUCCAAUACGAAAACGUCACCAUAUUAAAUUAAUUAUAAGUAUGCAGCAUUUCGAUAAUUAUGAACUAAAUAUUAUAUAAGUUAUAUUGAUUUUUAUGAUAAUUUUGAAACUAAAUAAAACAGAGGAUACCGAAUAUAAUACUGAAGUAUAAGAAGUGUCAAUAUAUUAUUAAAGCAUUAAUAUGUGCAUUCCACAAGAAAAUUAUCCAAAUAAAACACAACUGCAAAAUACUAGUUCAAAUUAUACGCUAUUCUACAGAAUAUUUCAGUUUAUUGGAUUAUUACUAAUAUAUUUCGUAUUCUAUUGGAUUAUUAAUUAUCGGGGUGGAUUUAGCUUAACUAAAGCUAAAUUAAUACCAAACUGGCAUCCAAUAUUCAUGACAAUUGUUUUAAUUUAUUUAUUUGCAAAUGCUAUUCUCCACUAUCGUUCAUUUCGGGAUACAAAACGAAAUUUGAAAAACCAACAUGUAAUUUUUUUCGGUUGCAUAAUAAUGAUCUUAACAGUUGCUGGCAUAGCUACUCUGGGUUCAAAGCGAUUUAGACCUUUAUUUACUAAUCCUGCGAUUCCUAACUUAUAUACUUUACACAGUUGGUUAGGAAUUAUUACUAUGGCAAUGAUUCUACUUCAGUUUGCAAGUGGGUUCUGGAUUUAUUUAUAUCCCACAGCAGCUGCCCAAUAUAGAGAAAUUAUGAUGCCUUAUCACGUGUUCUUCGGGGUAUCGAGCUUUGUAUUAGCGAUUGCAUCUGGUGGAUUAGGAUUCUGUGAAAAAAUGAUUUUUUCAUUGUAUAGAGAAUACGAACAAUUUCCAGCGGAAGGUAUAAUCGGUAACUGUAUAGGUUUAUUAUGUAUUUUUUACGGUAUUUUAGUGGUUUAUAUGGUCACCAAACCAGAAUUCAAGAGGUGCCCUGCACCAGAAUAUCAGCCAUUAAUCUAGUAUUAGAAAUUUAAAAAUAUUAUGAAGUUUCACUAAACUGUUGUUUUUUGUAUUAUGUGUAUUAUUUGUGUAUAAUCGAAAACUAAACUUCUAAAAAAAUAAAGAUUAAUGAAGUGUCA